CAUCAUUACGUAGCAGGAAGUAAACUACUGCAUCAGUGUGUGAAAAAGUGUCCGUUGCUACUUAGACCUGACAGUGAUUGCAGCGAGAAAAUGUUUGCAAGGACCACAGCAAAGUAUGUGGAGGAAAAGGACCAUUGUCGUCAACGACUGGAGGCGCUUUGGCUGCAGCCUUAUGUUGUGUUACGCAGAGCAGACAUCACUGAAGCUAGUCGUACGAAGCAGCAAGAGCCAGAGCGCACUCACAUUAAAGAGAAAGAUGCGGGCAAAGAGCUUCAUCACGUCAAUGAAGAAAUGGAGCAGAAGUUUCUUUGCACCAUAAAAGAGGAGGAAGAGCCAGAGUGGCCUUGUAAUAAAGAGGUGCCAUUGACUGGUGUCUCUUUGAAGAGUUUAGAUGAGGGUCAACAUGAGGUGAGCAAAGGGGCGGAGCCUCCAAGCUGCAGCUCAAGUCAACAAAUGACCAGAGAAGGUGAUGGAGACCACUGUGGUGGAUCACAAGCAGCUGCACCAUCAGAGAGUCAUGAUGUGUCGUCACAUGCUUCUGCUGCUGCUGCUACUGCUGCUGCUGAUGAGUCUCAAAUCAAACACUGGCAAUGUUCUCUGUGUGGAUUUUAUUUUGCUAAUCGCAAUAAUUCGAAACAACACACCAAGAACAAGUUUUCAUGCACAAUUUGUGGCCAAAUAUUCUGUCUGAAGAGAACCUUAACAAAGCACUCAAGAACUCACACUGGCAGGAAAGCUUUUUCAUGCUCAGUUUGUGGGAAAGAAUUUUCAGCGAAGGCAAACUUAAAAACUCAUACAAGAACUCACACUGGCGAGAAACCUUUUUCAUGCUCAGUUUGUGGGAAAGGAUUUUCAGUGAAGGUAAACUUAAAAAAUCAUACAAGAACUCACACUGGCGAGAAACCUUUUUCAUGCUCAGUUUGUGGGGAAAGAUUUUCAGUGAGCGGACACUUGAAAAGUCAUACAAGAAUCCACACUGGUGAGAAACCUUUUUCAUGCUCAGUUUGUGGGAAAAGAUUUUCAGUGAAGGUAAACUUAAAAAAUCAUACAAGAACUCACACUGGUGAGAAACCUUUUUCAUGCUCAGUUUGUGGUCAAGUAUUCUCCGACAGGGUAAGCCUAAUCAAGCACACAGGAACCCACACCUAACCUUACUGCCUGCUCAGUAAGUUGCCAAAGAGUCUCUAUUGAGAAUUCCAAGUGUGUUGGGGAGAUGAGCAGUGAUACAUGAAGUUCUCACCUUCUAUUUGAACAGACUUUAUGAGUUUAUGCAUCAAUGAUAAUUCUAUUGUAUGUAGAUUUUGAUUGGGAUUAUAAUAGUUUUGUAUUUUUCAUUAUACCUGAUGUUUAUUUUGGUUUUAGUUGUGGUUUUUACCUGUAAUUAGUUUUAAGUCGCAUUCAAGGAAAGUUGCUUAGUUUUUAUUAGUGUUUAGGGUUUUGUUCAGCUUUUCAUGUUCAUGUGGAUAAAGAAAAUGAAAAAAUAAAGUGUU